AUGCCGCGGCCGCGCGGGGCGCGCAGGGAGCGCCGCCGGGGCCGCGGGAAGCGGAAGCGCUGCCCUGCGGAGGGCGGUGCCCGGGCGGCUGCGCGGGACCUUCGGAGCGGCGCCUGCCGCGGCCCGGCCGGCAUGGACCGCUACGUGCUGCUCCUGAGCUGGGCCGAGCGCAGGGCCCAGGGCGGGCCCGCAGCAGCGACCGCCGCAGCUGGGACUGCUGCAGACAUGCAUCAGUUCCUGAAAGAAAGUUGUAAUGCAUCUAUAAAUGCAGAUGUGAGCGUAUUCCCAGCUUGCUCAGUGGCUGGAAUUCCAGGUGCAAAGAAAUGGUAUUUUGCAAGUCAUGUCAUUUGUGGUUAUUAUCAGUUCUGCAGUUCUGACUGGGAAGAAAUAAAUGUUGACACACAGAAAAAUGAAGACUCUUAUCAAGCAAGUAUUGAUGACAACCUGGGAACCACACAAAGUUUUGAGGAGGAUGACAGUAAUAGUCAGGAAUCACUGUCUCUGACUGACAUCUAUGAUGAAGCUGCUGAAAGUCUGCAUCAAUUAGCUGAUAAGUUGCCUGCCCCAGGCAGAGCAAUGGUUGAUGUAAUCCUGCAGGCUGUUGAAUGUGAUGGACCCAAGUUAAAGGACUGCUUACCUGCUGUUGGUGCCCUGAAACACCUGAGAGAGUGGCACUCUGCACAGAUCACUAUUGCAGCAAGUGAAGCUAAAGGUAGCUGGCAGAAGAUAGCAGACUAUCUGUCAGCAGACUUUGUAUCUUCAGAUGAUAUAAUGAAUAUUAUUGAUUUAAAUGAACUCUGGAGAGGAAAGGUUCAGAUAUGGGAAAGAAAGUUUGGAUCAGGUGUAAAUUUUCCAGAAUUUUGUAUAAAGAGCACUUCAGCCAAGACAUUCAGGACUGCAAAUUUAAGUUCUUGCUUUGCUCCUAAAAAAGAGUGCCAAUUGAGGAAUGCUGAUACUUUGCCAGAAGUUUUUCAUUACUAUGGUCCUGCGCUGGAAUUUUUACAGAUGGUGGUUCUCUCUGAUCUACCUUCCAUUUUCAUAUCAGAUCUGGAGUUCGAGCUGAGCCUGUCAAGAAAGAAUACCAAGGAGACAUCUACACUGCUUUUAGACCAGAUUUCUUUUCUCUCUGGGAAGGUGGGAGCUUUAUUUACAUUGCCUUGUAAUGUAAGCAGUGUUGUGAUCCCUUCUCCUGCCCAGCUGAGCACCAAGAAAUGGAAGGAAUAUAUGGCUAAGAAACCCAAGGUCAUUUCUGUUCCAGAAAUUGAACUGAAAGGAGAAUCUUGCCGGUAUUAUUUCUUGCUACAAGGCAAUGGCUCUGGAGGAUGUAAAGCAACCUUGAUUCAUUCAGCUGGCCAGAUCAAUGGGGUGGCCACUCUUGCUGCAGUAAAUGGAAAGCUAAAGGCAAAAGCAGAAGAAACAGAGUCAGGCUUUCAUAUUUCUGACUUUAUCAAGUCUCUGCCAUGCUAUUGUGGAGAGGAUAUUGUACAGAGAGAAACAAAACUGUCUCAUCUCCAAGUGUUUGCCUUGAAGGAGUAUCUCAAGAGAAAGGAAUUGACCAAGCAGCCUGUAGUUAUUUCUACCAAUGAGUUUAAAAGCUUAUUAAAACUCACAAGAGAAUGUUUUUUGGACCUGUGCAGCACUAGCAUUCCUAAACCUGUUCUGCAGAAGGUCUGCAAUAAAACCAUGUCAUGCACUGUGAGUUGUGAGCCUGAUUUAAUAGAGCCAAAUCCAUUGGAGUGGCCAGAAAGACACGUUCUUCAGAAUUUGGAAAACUUUGAAAAAAACAAACAAAAAAUGAGAGUUCCUCUGUUUGCACAUUCACCUGAGCAGUUGCUGGGACACAAGGACAGCCAGAAGGAGUCCCUGACGUUGCUGGAUGCUAAAGAGCUGCUCAAGUACUUCACCCCAGAAGGGCUGCCCGUGGGGGAGCUCCAGCCACUCCAAGUUCCCAAGCGUGAAAAUGCCUUUCGUGUGACACCAGAGCUUACUCCUCGAAAACUCAGAGGUUUGCCUUUUGAAAAAGCAGCUGGAUGCCAUUAUCAUGGACUUGAAUAUUGUCUUGAUAAUAGAAGAGCCUUGGAGAGAGAUGUGGGAUAUGCUGAACUUCAAACUCGUCUUAUUCGCUAUGAAACUCAGACUACUUGCACCAAAGAGUGCUGCCCUGUGCCACUUGUCUUGAGUCCUCUGCCAUCUCCUGCAGUCUUGUCAGAGCCUGGAAGUGUCCCUGAUGGAGAGACUUUGCAAAGUGAAUUCAAAACAGAGACAUCAAGGCUAAAACGCAGAUCAAAAGACCUGGAUUACUUUUAUCCCAAGAAAAGGCUGACCAAAUCGGAGAGCACUGAGUCGCUGCUGCCGCAGGCAGGCGGGAGCAGCAGGAGUCACUGCGCGGUGCCUGUGCCGCGGAAGCGCUCGCAGAGAUCCCUUUGUGCGGCUGCAGCGCCAUCGAAUCCGCCCGGCCAUGGAGCUGCCACCAGGGCUGGCCCAGCUGCAGAGCCUGAGGCUGCAAAGCCAGAGAAGGAGUCGAGAUCCCAGAAACACACAAGGAUGUUGAAGGAGGUGGUUGCUAAGACUCUUCAAAAACAUGGAAUUGCAGAAGAUCAUAAGUGCUUUGCAUUGUGCAGCCAGCGUCUAUUUGAGAUAUCAAAAUUCUACUUGAAGGACCUAAAAACUUCUAGAGGACUUCUUGAUGAAAUGAAGAAAACAGCAAAUAACAAUGCUAAACAGGUGAUUGAAUGGGUUUUGGAGAAGACUAGCAAGUAGAGGCACUGUGUGGAUUCUAUUCACACCUUCCCAGGAGCUGUGGAGACAGAGCACUUCUGACUUGAGAAGCAUUAUGCUGCCCAAUGCACACGCAGAUCUGCACACUGGGAGGACUUGGUCAGUGGAGUUAUAGACUCAUUCUUCAAGCACUGGACCAAGGUUGGAAACUUUUUAUACUGAAAGUUUUUAAUUUUUUUUUUUUAAAUUCAAAUGAAAAGAGGUUGUAUUUUAUAUGUGUAUUUAUUAUGUUUGUUAAAAGGAAUAUAGCUUGACUUGAUUUAUAAAGCUUUGUAUAUUUUUCAACCAGUGUAUUUGGUUUUUAUAUGAAUAAAACCCCCACAUAUUUAAUUUUAAUAACUACUACUUUGUUUUACCUUCUUGUGUGAAGAUCUCGAUUCUACUUCAGCUUGCUCUUGUAUAAACAGCUGUUUACAGCAUCAGCCAUUGACAGUUUAUAUAUAAUUAAGAAUAGUUCCUAUUCUGCAGAUGAAAAAAAACACCAUCAGAAUUUGAACCAUAAUUAUCUCUGUGUUGUAAUAUAAGGAAGAAAAAAAGCAUGGCUUGAAACUUGGUGCAAGGUCCCAUUAAAGAAAGUUUCUUCAUCUUACGAGCUGAAUUUUCAGUAUAAUUUCCUGCAUGCUCUUUGAAACAUUCCUUAGAAAAAUUUCUAAGGAGAGGUCUCAGAUUUCUUUUCCUGGAAAAGGAGAAAAUCAAAGCAAUAGUGGGAAUGAGGAUGAUGAGAGCUGGAAAAGAGCUGGUGUGCUAUGCUGAAAUGUAAGGAAAAAAAGAGUUUCUAGCUGUGUUGCAAACACAGUCAAAUACUAAAUUUGGCCUCUGUUUGUUUAAUCUCUGGCAUGUACCUGGCUGGGACUAAUGUAAUUAUUCAAGUUAGUAUUUUGUUGAGAUGAGGAGUUCCUACUAAGCUUUCUGUAUUAAGGAUUUCUUAUUUAUCAUAUAAACUAACAGGAUUAAAACUGAUAGAGAUGCAGGCUAUUGUUUGUUAUGUUAUCCCGGUAGGAAAAUAGAUUAAGCAAUACAAAUAUAAAUGAAACAUAAUGUUGUGAAAAAAUAAUCGAACUAAACCAUGUGGAGGUUAGACUUAAUACUGUAAAAUCUAUGCUUUCUCUAAAGAGCCUUCCUGGUUUUGGGACAUUAUUCUUUGCUUAAUUCUAUUUGGUGUAAAGCUGAGCCCUAAGGAGGUUAUUCCUGUCUCACAGGAUCUUGAGUUAAACUGUUCUGUUCCUUUGUUCCCAAGUUUACCAUUGUCCUGAACUCUACAAGACCUUUCCUGGGUGGCUGUGUACUUGGUUUAACUGAGCUGCAACAGGACAGCUCUGGGGGGUUGUUCUUCUGUGACAGUGGGCUCUAGUGAGUACUGCGUCCAUCUAAGCCCAGGACAAACAUAACUACUUGCAAGAUGGAUUACAUAUGUCUGCAGAAUGCCACACAUCCACAGCAUCCCAGUUUUAGUGAUUUGGUGAAAUAAAAAUGAAAUGAAGAGAGUUAUUUAAAUAAUCAUUUAAUAAGUGCAUGCACAAAAUUGCUCCAGUGUAAUGAUUACUGUGUAUGGCUCACAUUUCUUUGUAUUCAAUAUAAAAACAAGAGAGUAAUCAAGACAUUACCUUUCUUAACAUCUUAAAAGUGAAUCAGGAAAGUCUCUACUUCCAGAGAAAGGAAAGCUGUAAGCUGUAGCCUUAUCUCUUCAGCCCCAAUGCUGAUACUUUUGUCUGAAUACUAAACCAAGCCACUGAAAGUUUUAUUUUCUACUUAAUUUUGGGAGGUUUCUAUAUUUGUAAUUAGAAAAACUUCGUAGUUAAUAAUAAUACUUAAAUUGAUAAGUAAAAGUACAGAAGCUCUACAUUUCAUAAAUCUUUGAGGCUAGCUGCCAUGAGCAAAGAAAAUACCUUCAGGAAAGUAAUUAGUACUUUGAACUGCUUUUCUUGUACUUCAUGUAGGACCCAAUGGUUAUUGGUUUAAUUAAUUCUGUAGACUCAAAGACUGGGUGAAAUAAUGAGCAGGAAAGCAGUUAGGGAAGCAUAAACAUUUUGAUGUAUUGGUUUUCUGCACAAUUCCCAGUGCAGAACUAAUCCACUGCUGCCCAUGUCUCAUUUGCUCUUUGUGUUGGUGGCUUUUUAAGACAAGUGGUGGCUGGUUUAUUAUUGUGGCUUAAUAACUCUGUGCCCCAUUUGAGCUCUGAUAACUGUCCCUGUCCAUGCUCUUAACCUAUAAAACAUAGGCACAGUAAUUUGAUCUGGUCCACUGCAACAGCACUAAACCAAAUUAUUUUACAUCUGUCAUAGUUCCAAAACCCUACACUGAGAGUUCCUGCAGCUUGGCUGAUAUGCUGUAACUUAGGUGAUGUUAUGAGUUUGUUGUUAAAAUGUUUGGGGAAUGGCGAGUUACUUCUUGUGGGGGAAGGGAAAAGGGGGAGUUAUUUGCUGUGGGGGAAGGGAAGGAGUCCAGGACUUGGUGGGGGCAGAGGGUGGACAAUUCAGAGAGUGAUUGGGCUGGAGCACCAACCAAUCACUCGACGCCCUGGAGAAAUGAUUGGUCCAAAAUGAACAUCGAUAAGGACCAAUCAAAGUGCCCGAAUUCCACCAAUCGGUGCACAGAUCCAAAACCCACCAAUCCUGGACCAGGGAUGCCAAUAAAAAGGGGGGUUUUCUGUUCAGUUGGGGCUCUUUUUCUGUUCUGGGCAGUUUUGUUCUGUUCUGUUUGGUUCUUUUGUUCCUUCCUUCGAGCUGUUGUGUGGGGAUCUGGGCUUAUCCCGGAUCCUCUGUUCUCCCCGGCUUGUGUUUUAAAAAACGAGAGCCUUUUUCUAUCCCUGAAAUCUGGCCUCGUUCACUUUUUUAUAACAGGUGAUGCAGAAUGUAACAUCACCCUUUGCCUCUGAACUUCAAACUAUUUUCUUGUUUGUGGCUGUUGAACCCCAAAUCCAGGCUGCCUUAUGAAUAUUUUGGGUGCUUGCUUUCAUGUUUUUGCAAUUCAGGAUAUAAAUCAUAUUCACCAGUACACAUUGCUGGUUUACCCAUAAUCCAUCCAUCCUAGAUAAUAAACACAUAACAUAGCAUAAUAACAUUAUGUAUUAUAUGUAAAAGCACAUUACCCAUCCAUGUUAUGUGCUUAUAUUCCCUACAGGAUUGGUGUAAGACAGCACUGAUGUGGUUGCAAUUACUUGGUGAUAUGAUUACUUGUAAUAUUACAGCAAUUAAUUUUAAUUACAUGAUGAGUUUCACUGGGCUACCACAGAACUUAGCUUGGGUACUAACGCUUGUCCAAAUCCACAAACUUCUUUGUCCCAGUUCACAGUUCUCCCUUGGAAUUUGUUUUCUGAAUUUGUUUCCUAAUGCCUCUAAUUAUUUACAGAAGCACGGAAAUUCUGAUGAAGGAAAAAAACUGAAUAGCUAAUCCCACGUGGGAAAAGCAGGUGAUGAUGUUCAACAGGAGGUUAUCAUCUCUGUUAAAUGCUUUUCCCCUCAUUCACGUAAAUAAAAAUUUUGCCCUGGUUAGUCUGGGGAUUCACUUUAAGCAAGCAGGCUGAGUUUCUCAAAAUUUUGCAAGCAUAUUAUUAAUAUCUGCUCUUUAAAAUUGAAGUCACCACUGAAUUCAAAAGUGUCCAUAAUAUACAGUGUGUCUGUAUAUAUAUGAAAAUAUGUAAUACAUACUGUAUUAAUGGUCUCUCUAUAUAGUAAAUAGACUCAGUAAAUAGCUAGUUAUCAACCUGCCAGUUUGACUUUUAUGGAAAAUAACAUAAAUUUAGAAAUCAAUGGUAGUGCAAUGAUCUGAAGCACAUAAUUUCUUUAGGCUCGGAUUCUGCUUCCACUGAAACCAAAGAAGCUCCAAUUCACUUUUAAGUAAGAGGACACUGGGUAAGAGGACACUGAGAAUGCUAUUAGGUGGAAAUCAGAUCAAUCUCCCCUUGAAAUCAGCUGAGCUUCCCAAUGCAAAGAGCUGGAUGGAGCGUGCUGCAUGUCCUGUGGGAGGAAGAAAUUCUAACAUUCUGCAGAAGGAAAACACUUGCUUUGUUACUUGUAAAGGAUCAAUUCUAAUGGUGUUUGUGGUGGUGAUUUGCAUGGUAGCAUGUCAAGAGUCUUGUUCUGACUUCUAAAGUACCUUAAGAGAGAUGCUGGUUCCAUUUGAAGGGCAGGACAGUUAGAAACACCAGUAUGAUUCCCUGAACACAAUCAGAUCAGCUUUAUUUUUUUUUAAUAAACACUUUACAUCACAUUUUACCAAUACCAUUUUUACUCCAAUGUGUAUCCUAGUCUUUCUCAGGUUAAGCUGCUAUACAAACUUUCUGAUAAGACCAUUCCAUUUAUAGUAAUUCUUUUGUAAAAAGAGUGAAACUCUGGAAUAUCCCUUUUUAUUAGGCUUUCCAUGAGGCUGUUCUAUCAUAGCUUGGGUCAGACUGAAAGAAAAGGCCUAAAUUCCCACAGUUAGCUUUUCUAUUUGGGACAUUAAGUUAAGAAUUAAAUCAAAGGAGAAAAAAAAUCGGUUUUCCCAUAACCAUUCAUAAGAGAAAAAAGGCACAUGUUGGCCUCAGUCCUUGAAUGCAGAAGCUUGAGCAGAAAUUUCUGCUUUUUCUUAAUUUUUUUAAGUCUUCUGUUACCAUCUAGUCCUGUAUACAUGACAGAGGAAGCAUUGGAACUUCAGCAGAGAUGUCUGAAUGACCUGCCCUGAAAUGUCCCCGUGGGAUUUCAGGUUUUUUUUUUUAAUUUUAAGUUUUUAAAUCAUUCCACCAACUCAAUUAACAGUUCCCUCUAGUAACAGAAUUCUUAAAAGAAGCACUGAAGUUUAAAUGUAUUUCUGCCAGCCCAAAACCAAAGGACAGUCUUCCAGAUACUUUGUAUCCAAAAAAACUAAGCUCACAUCACAAAAAUCCAAUAAAUGACUUUAUUAAAUAUAUUCUUUUCCUCUAAAAUAUAAAUAUUCACUAUACUCUUAUAAAUGUGGAGUAGGUUCAUACAUCAUUUGUCUAUCCCAUCCAAAUAUGAAUCAGUCCAAAAUCUGAAAAUGAAGAAAUAGCAUCUGUAAUCAUCAUUAUUUUUUUUCUAUAAAUAUAUAUAAUAUGAAUUUUCUUUGCAAACUGCUUAGUUAUUCACUUAGACUUUAUAUAGUACUGAGCACCUUAGAUUACAUUUUGUGUAAUUUAAUUGUUGGCACUAAUAUAGGAAUUUGUAAUAUUUACAAUGCACAUACAUGUUAGGUAUAACAUUCCAGUGAUUUGUAAGUGUUAAAAGGAAUAAGGAAAUAGUGCAGUGUAGUUUACAUAUGUAUUUAACCUACUCCCCCAGCACUUUUAUAGGAGCCUAUCUCCAAAUUUUUAAGUUGUACUUUGGAACAGCAAUAAAAAUGUCCUGAACUAGUUUUUAAAGACUUGACACAAGAGUUUCCUUGGUAAGGUGACAUGAGCUCCUCCUCAGAGUUCCGUCCCCCUGCGUACCGACUGCUCUCAGCUUCUCAGAGCUCUCCUAGAAGCUUCCAAGCCCAAGGAGUCCCAAGGAACUGCCACAGAAAGCUGUGUGAAUGGCAGUGGUCACUAAAUGAGAAAUGUCCAUCUGGAAAUUACUGGUAAGUUAGGUAACAUGUUACCUGCUUGUUAAUUUACAUGAGGAAUUAAUUUUUAAGUGCAAGUACCAUGACAAUAAAAUGAAAGUGCAGAGCGGGGUGGAUCUCUCCCUGGCAUGCCUUUGACUGGUGACAGGUCCUGGGAGUGGGGCUGCUCCUCCAAUGGGGCAUUGAGCUGUUCUUCGGUGAUUAUUUUCUGUACUUAUGAAUUCAGCUCAUCAUCUUACUAUUUUAAUUGGUUUUGAUGAUUAAGAUACCUAUGGAAAUCACCAUGUUUUUAUGCUUUGAAUAGACAGCUUGACUACGCUUAACUCUCAAACUUAGCUCAAAAACAGCAUGGAACUAAAAUGUCAUUUUAAUUUUCUCCUUUGCCAGCCAAAUGAUGCUGCGUUGAAAUCUAUGUUCUUUCUCAGGAAUAAAAGAAAUGUUGUAAUAUGAAAACUGAACAUCUACAAACACUGAAUAUAUUACUUUCUGUCCUUCAAAGUGUGAUUUUAGGGCAAAACUCAAAAAACAG